GAGGAGCAGGGAAGGUCCCACUGAAACUCCUCAGCCUCAGAAUUCCAGGACCUGGGCGAGGGAAGAAGCCCAGGCUGAUCCUGUGCCUGAUUUGCACUUCCCUCUGCCCCGGAGGAUUUGGCCUGGAGGAUUCCAGCCAAUCCAGCAGCUGCAGUGUGUGUGGAUUGGAUCCUGGCCGUGGGUGACUCUGGACUGUCUGAUUUACUCCCGAUAAAGUGAGAGUAUAAAAUGCACUAAACUCAAGUUCAGCCCCCAGCAGAUCUGGCUGCUCACAGUGAAAGUCAUCCUGGAGAGUGCCUGCCUGAAGAGCUGAUUAAAAUAUUUACAGGUUCAUUUUCUCUGCGCUUUGGAGCGACCAAAACAAGUUAUCCUCAAGGAAUGCAGCACCAUCUCUCUGGCACGUGUUCUGCUUCCCUUGACUGGCUCAAGAGUCGGGAGCUCCUGUUUGGCUGUUGGAGAGGACGACAUCGUGUCCAUGGCCGACUCCACCGCCACCAUGGAGGACAUCGAGGGAGAGCUCUUCAGGAUCGAGCGGAUCCGGGAGAUCCUGGUGCGCCGGGAGUCAGAGCUGCGCUACAUGAUGGACGACAUCCAGCUCUGCAAGGAAAUCAGCCGGCUGAAAACAGAGCUCCAGAAACUGCUGGAGCUGCCAGAGAACCAGAAAUCCAACGAGGAGAAGCAGAGGGAGGAGGAGCUGGUGCAGCAGAUCCACAAGCUGGUGGAAACGCGGGAUUUCCUGGUGGAUGACGUGGAGUUUGAGAGGCUCAGGGAAAGGGAAGAGGACAAGGAAAUGGCCGAGUUCCUGCAGAGCAAGCUCUCCAAAAGCUGCCUCCAGAGAGCAACUCCCGUCCCAGAGAAGAAGAUGACAUCGAGGGGACAGCAAACCUCGGCUCCCUUCGUGAGCAAGACGGGCCUGACCCUGCUCAAGGAGUGCUGUGGCUUCACCUGCUCCGUCAUGUAGGGCACAGCCAGCGCCUGGCACAGCCACGGCCGGGGUCUGCAGCAGAGCUCCCUGCUCUCCUCCGGGACAUCCAGCGUCCAUCUCUGCCCACAGCCCCUGCGGCAGCAGCACCCAGGGCCCGGGCUGCCUGGGCAGCUCCGGCUGCUGGCACAGCUCCUGGUGGCCCCAGGCCCUCCACGGCAGCACAGACCCACGUCCCACCUUGGCCUGGGAGCCGUGACAGCAGCGGGGAGCCCAUGGCACGGGACAGAGCGUCCCGCUCCGGGGCUGAGGGAUAAAAACCACCGGGAGCUGCUGCUUGGAGAGCAUCCUGCUGCACCCUGUGAGUGUCCGUGGGGAGCUUCCAGCCUGGAGCUGAUCCCAGCCUGGAGCCAACCCCACCCUGGGCCGCUCCAGAGACUCUCCAGGGCUGCUCCGCUCGGCCCGCGGGGUUUGCUUUGUUCCACGCACACCCCAGGCUCCUCCCUGUGCUGCCCUCCCAGGGCCUUUCUGGGACGGUGAGUGACCCAGCCAGAGUUUGGUGGGGCUGGGGGCAGCCAGAGGCCAGGAGAGCCCUGGAUUCCAAAGCCGCCCCUCUGGAGGCAGCCUGGGCUGGAGGCAGCGCUGGUGCCAGCGGGAUGGGCAGCGUCUGUGUGUCCUGUGUCCCCCCUGUGGCUCUGGGGCUGCCCCCCGGGCACAGGGAACUGCUGGGAGGGCUGGGAGAGGAGCCCAGCCCGCAGCAGGGACACAGCUUCAUGUGCAUCCACCUCAACCCAAACCAAUAAAUGUCUGCUG